AUGUUGGCCUGGCUGUUGGUAGGGGUUAUUGCAACCUAUAUUGUAUUGUCGCUGUUCCUGCUUUUUGUUUCUGCUUCAGAAAAAAAGGGAUAUGAGCUUGAUCGUCAAAAGCACGCGGCUGUGGUUGUCGUGGGCGAUCUAGGCCACUCGCCUCGCAUGAACUUCCACGCUUUGAGCAUUGCUAAAGAGGGCUGGAAAGUGACCCUUAUCGGAACAAUCGAGUCAAAUCUUAUGCCUGAGAUUGUUGAAAAUGAGGGUAUCGAGGUUGUUGAGCUGCCCAAAAUAAAACGAAGCGGGCCAUUUGUCCUUUACGCCUUGAAACGGAUUGUUUUCCAACAUUACCACUUAUGGAAGGCACUUCGUGACUGUGGCAAACUUGACGUUGUUUUAGUCCAGAACCCGCCGUCAAUUCCUACACUUGGAUCCAGCCGCUUCUUUGUUUUGUUCACUUGUCCCAGUGCGCGUUUGGUUAUUGAUUGGCACAACUUUGGCCAUAGCAUUCUUGCCUUGACUGUGAAACAAAAGUGGGCAGUCAAGGCCUAUCAAUUCUAUGAGUUUAUUUUUGGAAGAGUUGCUUCAGCCCAUCUGACCGUUUCAGUUCGCAUGGGCUUGGUUUUACGCGGGAUGGGUAUCAAGGCACGUCGAAUUAUCCCCUUGCAUGAUCGACCUUUCAAGUCGUACGUUAUCAAUUCCAAAGAGCAAAAGGAGCUCAAGAGCAAGCUAUUCUCUGAUCUGGUAACGCCCAACUCCAAGUUAGUGGUGACCUCAACUUCUUAUACCCCGGAUGAGGAUCUCGGUAUGCUUCUAGAUGGAUUAGCUAUUUACGACAAGGUUCCCAAGGCUGCAGAGCUUAAUGUUGUUGUUACCGGGAAGGGCCCCGGAAAAGACGCAUUUUUGCAACAAGUCGACGCCCUUGAGCUUUCAAAGAUUCGGGUGUUUACCCGCUGGUUGACGUACGAACAAUACCACCAAUUAUUAAGUGUGUGUGAUUUGGGUAUUUCGUUGCAUAAAUCAAGCUCAGGUUACGAUCUCCCGAUGAAAGUCGUUGACAUGUUCGGUGCUGGCCUGCCUGUAGCUGCUCUCAAGUUCCCUGCCCUAGACGAGCUUGUGAGGGAGGGCGAAAACGGGUUGAUGUUCAGCUCCGCAGAAAGCCUGUCUGCUACCCUACAAACCGCGUUUACAAAGAAGGUUUACGAUAAAAUAAAAACCGGCGCAGUCAAAGAAGCCGCAAAUACGUGGUCAACCACCUGGGACGAAAAGCUUGGCCCUGUCUUCAUGACGAACCCCCCGCCUUUGACUUAUGUCCCUUCUAGUAGUAGUAGCGAUAGCGAGUAA